GAGGCCGCUGCCGCCGUCGAGUCCUGUCCCCUCCUCCUCUCCCGCACCUCGCCGCCGGCCGCGGCCGCGGCGGCGGAUGGCGACGCCGGGAGGCGCGGCGCCGAGGGCUGCCUACACGGCCCGCGACCUCGCGGAGGAGGCGAAGAAGCGCGCCGUGCUGCUCCUCGUCUUCGCCUUCGGUCUCGCCUUCCUCAUGUCCCUGACAAGCUCUUCAGUUUGGAUUAACUUCCCGUUUGCCACGGCUUUGAUGAUUUUAUUUCGCUACAUGUCACUUGACUACGACUUCCGUAGAAAGAGCUCAACAACUACAGACCAUGUUGUCAGUCGUCCGCUUGUCAAAACAAAAAGUAUUGAAUUGAAUAAGCCUUCCCUUGCUCAGAAGAAUGGAAGUCCAGGCUGGAAGAGCAAGGUGAACUCGCCUCCAGUAGAAGCAGCAUUUGAACAGUUCACAAGGCAUCUCGUCACAGAGUGGGUAACAGAUCUUUGGUACUCCCGCGUAACACCUGAUAAGGACGGCCCGGAGGAACUCAUCAGUGUAGUAAAUUCUGUCCUUGGGGAGAUUUCAAAUCGGGCAAGAAAUGUUAACCUCAUCACUCUACUAACCAGGGAUCUUGUUGAUCUCGUAUGCAAUAAUUUGGAGCUUUAUCAUUCCUGUGAAGCUAAGAUUGGAAAAGAGAAGUUUGUUAGCCUUCCAACAGAGUGUCGUGACGCUGAACUGAAACUGGCCCUUAUAGCCGAAGGCAAGUUGCAUCCAGCCUUAUUUUCAGCCAGUGCUGAAUACAAGGUCUUACGAAGUCUUUCAGAUGGUUUGAUCUCAAUCACAGUAAAGCCUGAAAAUCUACAGUGUUCGUUCUUCCGCUCUACCGCACGAGAGCUUCUUGCAUGUGCAGUUUUGAGGCCUGUCAUAAACUUAGCAAAUCCAAGGUUUAUAAAUGAAAGGAUUGAAUCUUUGGCUCUUUCUCGUGCCAAUAAGGCAGAUAAUGGAGUUGCUGGAUCCUUGGAGGAUGUUGCAUUGGUUAAGCAGAGGGAGCCUCCUAUGCCAUCUGUGGAUGAACUUUCUGCACUAGCAGAUCACUCAAGUCCUGGGGUUGAACUUGUGAGAUUUAGUCAGGGUCAGUCCAAGACUGCUUCAGACGUGCAACUCGGUAAAACUAAAAAUCUGUCUAGUGCCAAUCCAAAAUCCCCCAAUUAUCAUUUGAUCAACAAUUCGCAUCCUCUUGAAUCAGGCAGUUCAACUUCCGAUUCCCACAUCUAUUCAGAUACCAGUAUUUCUGUACAUCCCCAAAAUCGUGACGGGAUAACUACAGAGAAUUACGAAGGAGAGUCGGCACAAACAUUGGACAUCAUCUCCCACCGAAAAAGUCGAGUUGUAGCACCUGAGCACCUUGAGAAUAUGUGGACUAAAGGGAAGAAUUACAAUUUAGAAAACGCAGAACAUGUUGUGAAAGCACCUGUCAGGUCUUCUCUAGUCACCACUAAAUCAACACAGCAAUCAGCUCCCUUCAGCACUUCAAUUCGUCAUCAUCCUACUAUUCCACAAAAGCAAACAGCCUUGUCCAAUUCUGAGGACCAUCAUUUGAAAAGCUCAACUACUCCAUAUUCAAAUGGCACUAAUCACCUGCCAACAAGUUUUUCUGGAGAAAUGGCUGAGCAUGCCAGCCAAGAAGAUGUUGCAAUGGACAGUGAGAGUUCAUAUGGCACUGAGGAGGAUGAAAAUAACAAUGUUACUGGCCUGGACUCUCCUGUAACCAGAGUUUGGGAUAGCAAAAGUAAAGGAAAUGGCACCUCGUCCCAUAUACAUCAUCCUCUUGAAUCUUCUGGUUUCCAUAGAGCAAAGACAAAUAGAAGUCAUUUGGGCAAGUUGAAAAUGUCGAGAACUUCCUCAGGAAGGAAAAGGUCAAGGUCAAAUUCCCAAAAGACCCCCUUUUGGCAAGAGGCAGAUAGAUCACCUUUCUUGGUGGGAGGUGAUUUAGGCACACUAAGUACAUCAGCAAAUGGUUCAAGGACAGAUGGACUGUAUGAUGAUACUGAGGUGGAAAGCAUGGCCAGGAUAUUUAGUGGUGCAAAUGCUUCAUCUUUGUCAUUGGGAUCAAUUGACUCUUCUUAUUCAUCUAAUUAUUCUAGCACUAAUGUGCUGGAAGACUCUUAUCUGAAGUUAAGAUGUGAGGUGGUAGGAGCCAGCAUUGUAAAAAGUGGAUCUGGCAUGUUUGCUGUGUAUUCUGUUUCCGUAACCGAUGCCAACGGUAAUAGUUGGUCUAUCAAGAGGAGGUUUCGUCAUUUUGAAGAGCUACAUCGGCGUCUGAAAGAAUAUCCUCAGUACAGUCUUCACUUGCCUCCAAAGCAUUUCCUAUCAUCAGGGUUAGAGGUUCCUGUUGUUCGAGAGAGGUGCAAGUUGCUUGACAUAUAUCUAAAGAAGCUUCUUCAGAUUCCCACUGUUUCAAGCUGUAUCGAAGUCUGGGAUUUUCUAAGUGUUGAUUCACAGACAUACACUUUCUCAGAUUCUCUCUCAGUUAUCCAGGCACUAUCAGUCAAUUUAGAUGUAAGAUCAAAUGACAAGGGUGCAAGACCAUUGAAUUCUUCCAAAGCUUUGAAUGGAAAUUUGGCCUCUACAAGACAAUUAAGUGGAUGCCAACAUGAUACAGUGGAUAAGGAUAAGGACUUUGCUGUUGACGGUUUGAGAUUGAGGAAAGGAAGUGCGGAACACAAUUUAGGACCUAAUGUUAGCAACACGAGUACCAAUAUUUAUCAAGACGACUCUGGAAGUGAUCCUGAACAAAAUGAUCACUCAUUUACGAUAAAUCCAGGAAAUCAUAAGAAAAUGUUGCCAAGUCAAACUGAUUAUACAUCUCAAAUUGAAUCUGAUGGGUACUCAGUGUCAGGGAAUCCUAGUGAAUGGAUGACCCCAAAUCUUAGUGCUCCAAUAUUUCAUCUGGUUGAUGUAGUUUUUCAGCUCCAAGAUGGUGGCUGGAUUAGACGGCAAGCAUUUUGGGUCGCGAAGCAAAUACUGCAAUUGGGAAUGGGAGACACAUUUGAUGACUGGCUUGUUGAGAAAAUCCAGUUACUUAGAAAGGGGAGAAUAAUUGCCUUUUUAGUCAAGCGUGUUGAACAAAUACUUUGGCCAGAUGGAAUUUUCAUGACAAAGCAUCCAAAUAGAAAACCAGCUGCACCUUCUGCUGCCCAGAAUACUGGCAUGGCAAACUAUCUGACUGAAGAACAACGAUUAGAAGCUGCUCACCGUGCAGAUUUUGUCCGUGAAUUGAUAAUAGAUAAAGCUCCAUCUGCGCUCGUGAGUCUGGUUGGUCGAAAGGAGUACGAAAGAUGUGCUCAGGAUAUUUACUUCUUUCUUCAGUCCCCAGUUUGUUUGAAGCAGCUGGCAUUUGAACUUCUAGAGCUCCUUGUCCUUGCUGGAUUUCCAGAGUUGGGUGACAUCGUGAGGAAGUGGCAUGAAGACAAAGAGCAGUUCUCCGCUCUGGAAUGAAUUUUUGUGUGUGUUCUUAUGAAUGAGUCUUGUCGAGCCGCAGUGCUGAUCCAUUUCACUGUAAAUAAGGCGAUUUCGACUUCCAAGAGUGCUGCUGGUUUUGACAUUCCAGUUUUGAUUGAGACGGCGUUAUGAUGAAGUGUGAAUAGAGUAGCUAGCAACAUAGUGCAGCCUGAAAAGAAAGAGAGAUUGAUACAGUUCUUUUUUUCCCUGUAGUUGCUGUAGGUGUAGGAUAGCUGCACCUUUUCCUACCGUUUGUAAAUUUUUGGUUAUAUCCGACUCAUACGACUAUUCAUGAUGAUGAAUGAAGAUAUAUUAAGGGUGCCAUCUCAUGGGUGGAGGAGUUCCUCAGUU